AUGCCCAUCAAGCGAGAGUCGCCGCCGCCGGCGUCUCAGUCGCACUUUGCCAAAUUUGCAUGUGCCUCCUUCACGCCCGACGAUGACGCGCCCUUCGAGCACGAAUUCGCCCGCCUUGCCUCGUCCCAGCAAUGGAUAUCCGGCUCCCAGGAGUACACGCAGGAGCGCACGAUUGCGAUGAGACAGGAGCUGAUGGCGCACUACUUCUGCGACGCGCCGGACACCGAGGCCGAGCUCACCGAGCAGCAGAAACUCGCCGGAUAUCAAGCCCUGUGCCGCGAGGUCGGUCUGCCCGCGAGCGCCUCCAUGGCCGACUGCAAAAAGAGCCUGAGAACUACGCUCGUCAAUAUCGUGGACCUGAUUGACGCGCGGCGGACUUCACGAGAGGUCAAGGUCUGGGGUGAUUUCGACGCCUUCCGCCGCUACACGCUGCAGCCCGAGCACAGAAUCGACCGGGAGGAGGCCAAGAAGAACGGAGGAUUCCUCGCCUCUCUGCUGCAGCACCUACGAUGUCCACGAAGAGGAGGGGCAAGAAAGCACCGACGGAAGCCUGGUCUCGGCAGUUUCUGCACUCUCCGCGGGAGGAUCGUGAAAAACAGCCGCGCUUGA